UUCAACACCUCCAAACAGAAGGGGCGAAAUCGUUAAAUUAUAUUGCAAUUGGCUUUGAGACAGGGCAUGCACCACCGAAGAAGAACACCCGGAAGUAAAGUAUUGUUAAGAAAUCUCAGAUGGCGCGAUUCUUCAAAAACGUCAACAGACUUUGAUAUAUCAAGAUUAAUCUUCUAAAACGAGUGAGAAUUGUAUAGAAAAUGCCCUUGUCUACUCAGUCUCAGACUGGAGGUGACAACUACGUCCUUGUAGCUAGUCUGGAUAAUGUCCGUAAUCUGUCCAACAUCUUGAAAGCCAUCACCUUCAAAGAUCAUGCCAUUUUCAAUGCCACACCAAACGGGUUGAAAGUCACUGUGGAGGACUCUAAAUGUCUGCAAGCCAAUGCCUUCAUUCAGGCUGAGAUCUUCCAAGAGUUUACCAUCAGAGAGGACUCAGUGGGGUUUCAGGUCAACCUGACCGUUCUUCUGGACUGUCUCACCAUCUUCGGGGGAAGCACAGUACCAGGAGUGGCCACUGCCUUGCGGAUGUGCUACAACGGUUACGGCUACCCCCUGACCCUGUUCCUAGAGGAGGGUGGUGUGGUGACGGUGUGUAAGAUCAACACCCAGGAGCCAGAGGAGCCCAUAGACUUUGAGUUCUGCAGCACCAAUGUGACUAAUAAAGUCAUCCUCCAGUCAGAGAGUCUGAAGGAGGCCUUCUCUGAGCUGGACAUGACCAGUGAGGUCCUGCAGAUCACCAUGUCUCCCAGUCAGCCAUACUUUAGGUUGUCUACCUUUGGGAAUUCUGGGAAUGCCCAUUAUGAUUACCCAAAGGAUUCUGACAUGAUGGAGCUGUUUCAGUGUACAAAGACUCAGACUAACAGGUACAAGAUGUCUCUACUGAAGCCGUCCACCAAGGCCUUGGCUCUAUCCUGUAAGGUCUCGGUGAGGACAGACUGCAGAGGGUUCCUGUCUUUGCAGUACUUGGUCAGGAAUGAUGAUGGACAGAUCUGCUUUGUGGAAUACUACUGCUGUCCGGAUGAGGAAGUGGAUUAGGGAGAAUAGGAAUAUUUUUUGUACAAGAAUACGAGGCUCAAGUGUUUUAGAUGUUAUUCUAAAGCAAAACUUGCCUUUUUUCACUUGGCCCUGUUAUUUUGUAUUGUAUUCMUUGACUGUGUUAUUUGUAUUGUAUUCCUUGACUGUGUUAUUUGUAAAUAGUGUUGGCUCUGGUACAUGUUCAAUUUAAAGUGAAAAUGAUUCAUUGCUAAUACUUUUUCUCAAUUAGUUGUUUGGUUUGUUUUCAGUGAAUUAAUGCUGCUCUCCCUUGUUUGGAAGUUUACAAGGAACUUGAAACAAUAUUUGUAUAAUCAAAAUAUUCCUUCACUUUUGAUAAAUAUUUGAACAUA